AUGAAGAAAAACAAAAUACAACAACAAAUUUCAUUAACAGCCGGGAAUAUCCGAGAAAAGCAUUGACCUGUUUAGUUAAUCAAUGAUCAAUCUUCAUAUUUUAUGUAUUUGACCUAAGAUGUUUAUUAUUUCAUAGUUCAUUUGCCAAGAGAGAAGCAACACAGUCCAUCAUAUGGUCUGUUUAAGGAUGUCAACAUUCGCUUUCUUCCAGUUUGUGCUCUUUACGUGGUUCAUUUUAAUUGGUGAGUCCAAACAUGUUAGAACCAAGACAAUGAUCAAAAAAGUGGUCCCGGAGCAAGCUUCACCCCUGAGAGACCACAUCAAGAUGCAUGCUAAAGCUGCCACAUUGCCAUCGACACAUGACAAGCUCAACUCAGCCCAAGAAGAAAUAUUACCUAAACACGAGGGAGAAAGGACAGCAAAUGUGUGCAAAGGAGCGGCAGACGGUGACUAUAUUGACGUGCAUAACCCCUACGGCUAUAUAACUUGCCUGGGAGGUCAGACAUACCGCAAGAACUGUGCACCAGGAUUGAAAUGGGACAAUAUCUCCAAAAGCUGUGUCAGGCAACUUAAGUGAUCAAUCUCGUGACUGUCACAGUAUCCUCAGCUGGGUUAAUUUGUGAAUAAAGUUAAUCACCAUAAAUGGGUGGAGAGUUUUAAUGAAAUUGCAAUGGUUUUUGUCUUGUCCUAAGCACUAUGAUCG